AUGACGGCCACUGAAGUGGUCACCAAGACGCGGCGGCUUACCCGCCAUGCUCUUCCAUGUGUCCUCAUGCGUGCAGGCACGUCGAAGGGAUUGUUCAUACACAGGGAAGACCUUCCAGCAAGAGAAACUGACUGGGCACCUCAUCUGGUCUCUGCUCUGGGGUCACGAGGGAACGACCCUCGACAGAUAGACGGGAUUGGGGGAGGCAGUUCAACAACAUCCAAAGUUGCAGUGGUUCGUCGCUCGCAGAGACCGGACGCCGAUAUUGAUUGGACUUUUGUUCAAGUUGCUGUGGGCAAAGAGUCAAUAGAUCUAACCGGUACUUGCGGUAACAUGACCUCAGGGGUGGCACCAUUUGCACUUCAGGAAGGUCUUGUAAAACCUCUGCAAGGACAGACAAAGAUGGAUAUCAGAAUUUACAACACCAAUACGGAUCGAAUAGUGAUAGAGACCGUCGCGCUAGACGGUACAGGAGACUACGAAGAAGAUGGCAACUUCAUAAUCCCUGGCGUCAACACACCAGGAAGCGAAGUCAAGUGCAAAUUCGUCAAUCCCGUCGGCAGUAUGACAGGGCAGCUGUUCCCUUCCGCGGGCCAGCAACAGCAAAUACUCCGCGUACAGCCAGGCUCACUCAUUCCCAAUGAAGAGCCUUUUGACGUUCGCGUGACUCUCAUAGACUCAGCCAACCCCUUCGUCCUCAUCGAUACAACUUCCAUACAAACGACACUCCUCGCAACAAUCCCAUCUGAUUCUGCCCGGAAUGCACUCGUAGAGUCCAUCCGUCGCGCCGGCGCAGUGGCUAUGGGAUUGGCAACAGAUAUGGAGACCGCCGGUAGAACCCGCGGUACGCCCAAGGCCGCACUCGUGUACCCUCCGUCAUUCACCAAGGAUUCCGACAACCCAGAUAUCCGGGUGCAGGCAUACUCAAUGGGACUGCCGCAUCCUAGCCUACAGCUUACAGGGGCAGUGACUGUUGCUGUCGCGCUGAGUUACCCUGACACAAUCGUUGCGGCCCUCUCCACUAUGGGUGCCAUGGUGAACGGGGUCUCUCCGCCGACCCCUGAGCAGUCGCCGCCUCCGGAGGACAGAAAGAAGGGGCUUGGGCCGGAACGUGAAGUAUUGAUUGAACACAGUAAAGGGACCAUCAACGUGGAUGUCACGAUGGAGGAGCAUGGAGGCGUAGCUAGCUGUGCAGUCUCACGGACUGCGAGAAGGUUAUUUGAGGGGAAGGUCAGGUAUUACGUGCAAGAGGAUGAUAUAUAG